GAUUAUUCACUGACACUAGUCAAGAGAUAGCAGCAUUACAGAGUGCCCUGAGAGAGGCCGGCAUGUCUACAAUGCUAGGUACAGGAGAUGCUGACUCUGUAUUAAAAGACACUGGGGUGCAUGACAAGAGUGAUGUCAGCCAUGUCACAGAACAGACAGAGGGAACUAGGGGCUUUGGUCUAAAGCCUGUGGCUGGAGGAGAUACUGACAAGCCUUCUCGCACUGUUGAAGAUCUUCUAAGGGAGGCUGAAGAAAUUGAGAGAAGAGCCAAAGCAAGGCAGAGUCCACCACCAGUGGAUAUAUCAUAUGAUAAUGGUGGUAGAGAUGAGAAGUCAGAUGACAGACCUGCACUAUCCCCUGUACACAAAGAAGUCUCAAUAUCUGACCUGUUCAAGGACUUGGAUGAGCAGGACUAUACGACACAGAAUCAAUUGGCACCUAUAAUUGAGCAUUCUUCACCUAAACCACCCAGACCAGCUAAAAGAUCUAAACCUAAGACCAAAUAUGCUGAUAUCCCUAGUUCAGGCUAUGGGCUUAGAACCCCAACAAAGCCUAAAGGAACAUCCUCCAGGAAAACUGCAUGGUCACCAAAGGACACCAUGAAACAAAAAAUAAAAGGCACAGAGACAAUAACAGUGAAAGAGACAGGAAAGAGUAAAGUGGCAGAUACCCAUUUACUGGCAUCAGUGGAGUCCUUUGCACAGUACAUAAAGGAGCAAUUUGGAGACAAGCCUGGAAGACACAGGGAGAAAACAGAUGCACCUUGGCUUGAGGAAGAACCAAUUAUGUCACCACAGCAAAGAGAAGAGAGGAUUUCACAAAUUGGCAGGGAAAAGGCCUUGCAACAGGAAGUUAAAGACUGGCAGGAGCAGUGGAAGGAAGAGAGAAAGAUGAAUGUAAAGAUGAGGGCUGAUGCAGGAGCAUUAGAAAGAGACUAUGAAAGGAAGCUUGAAGAAUACAAAUUGAAUUAUGAGCAAGAAUUGUUUAAACUGAAACAAGACAAUUUUGUUCUUAUGGCAAAGGUAUCAGAAGCUGGACCAGAAGAAAGGGACAAAAAGAAGAUCCUGGAGGGAGACAGCCUGGAAAAUGUUAGCAAAGAACAAGUGCAAUGGAUGGAGAGAGAAAUUAGAGAGCAGGAAAAGCUGAUGCUGGGCUAUCAGCAGGAGAAUGAGAGACUUUACAAAGAAAUGAAAGCUAUGCAGAUCACGAAUAAAGCCACAGAAGAGAAAAUGUUCAAAGAGAACCAGAGACUCACAGCAGAGAUUGUGUCUUUAAGAACACAGUUAGAAAGACGCGAGGUAGAAUUGAAGAAUAAAGGCAUCAUCACCAGCUCUCUGGCUCAGCAGCAGAUAGUAGCAGGCAGUCCAGGCACAGCUAUACUGGGAGCUGGCAGGAUUGCACAGUUAAAUGCAGAGCUCAGGCAGGCACAGGACAAGAUUUUAAAGCUGGAACAGCAACUGAAAACAGCAGAACAAGCCAGGACUGAACUUGAAAACCAUAUAGAAGUUAUAGUCAGAGACAGAGAAAGAUAUGAGGACAAGAUCAAAUAUGCCAAGGAAAUGAAAUCUCAGGAAAUCAUGUCAGUGCAGCAGGAGCAUGCCAAGGAGAUCGAGAGGCUGAACAGGAAACUGAAGUGGUAUGCUGAGAACCAGGAGAUGUUAGACAGAGACUCUGAUGCCUUGAAGGAGAAAAAUGAUGAGAUAAGAAAACUCAAGAAGAAGAUUGAGGAUCUGGAGUCUGAGAGUGGAACCAGGCAACUAGAACAGAAGGCAAGAGCAAAAGAAAGAUCCACAGAAGCAAAGAGAAUACAAGAUUUAGAGAGACAGGUUAAAGAAAUGGAAGCAAUAAUGAGAAAACGCCACCCAAACUCCUUGCCUUCCCUGAUAUGGGCUGCAUCUCAGGUACAAGAUCCAAAGUCACCAACCAAGGGACCUAGUGUGCAAUUCCUGGAGAAACAAGUGAAGAAACUGGAGGCAGAGUUAGACAAGAAGGACGAAGAGGCUAAGAAAGGCCUGAGAGUGAUGGAGCAGAAGUACAAUGCUAUUAAGUUUCAGUACGAGGAGCGUAUACAUGACCUUGAAGAUCAACUGUACAAGUACAAAGCAGCAGAUGCGUCAGAGUUGAGAGCACACCCACACACAAGCACUGUUGCCCUCCACAAAGAGCUUGAUGCUGUGAAGGACAGACAUAAGAAAACUGUGGCAGAACUGGAGGCUGAGAUUGAAAGGUUGAAGAAAGAGUUAACGACCUUGAAAAACAAAGAAAAGGCUGCAGCCAAAGCAGAGGCCAAGGCAGCUGUAGAAGCUGAGAGUGAGCUGGAACUCAGAGUGAAAGCAUUGAGUCUUGAACUGGUCAACAAAGAUAAAGAAGUAGAAGUACUGAGAAAGAUGGUAAAUCAACUAGAAAUUGAGAAGAAACAUGUUGAGAUGGAUGCUUUGAGGCAAGCAGUCAGGCCAGGAGAAAAAGGAAAAACAGUUGUCAAAGGAAAAGGAAGAGGAAAGGCUGGCAAGAAGACAUCACCACGUGAUCCUGCAGAGCAGCAAGAGAAACCACAGGUUUUGCCAGUCUUUCAGGAACCUUAUGUGAAUGGGAAAGAAUAUGAACCCAAGACUUUUUCUGGAUCUCAUAUAUCAGAUGUCCAAAGAGAAAAUGAAGAGUUGAAAGCACAGGUUGACCAGUUACAGCUAGAGUGUGACCAUCAGAGAAUUAACAUGCAGAAAGCAGUUGCUGAGGCAGAGGCAUCUAGUAGAAGGGCAAGGGAAGAUAUGGCAGAACAAAUGGCAGCACUUAGAAAAGCCCACCAAGAUGAGCUCCAGAGGAUCCUGACUGACCAUGCCAUGAAGCACUCCACCUCCAAACUUGUAGAACUGCAAAGUAAAGUGGACUCACAGCAGGUAAUGUUAAAGCACCUGAAAGAACAACUGGCCCAGGCUGACAUAGAUAGAGAACAGUUGUCUGCAGCUAGAAUUAGAGAAACUGCAUUGGAAUCCCAGGUGAAACAGUUACAGGAUGACCUCAGGGAGGCCAAGAAACAUCACUCACCAGAAAUGAAACACUUUGAGGCACUGCAUGAGAAAAUUACACAAAUGGAAAACAGGCACAGGCAAAGAGAGCAAGAACUACAACAGAUCAUCCGAAACACUAAGCUGAAUGCCGGGGUGGAACUGAAUAGAGAAGUAGACAAAUGGAGACGCAUGGUGGAGGUGAAAAAUCAAGAGACAGAAAGAUUUAGGAUAGAGCUGGACUCCAUAUUAGAAGUGCUGCGAGAGUUACAGAGACAGGGUGUUUCUAUGCCUAUGGGUGAAAUUAGGAGUUUCAGGACGUCUUGAUAAUUGUCCUUUUAUAAUUUUGAGUGUGCCGAUAAAAAGUUCCAUGUUAAAUCACCAGCAUGGCCAUGUGCUAAAUAUCUUCAUAUGAGCAAGGUUUACAGUUUUCCCAUCUAUUUUAUAGGCCCUUAAAUGUAUAAUGUUGGUAAUCAAUUUGAAACAUCAAAGUAAAAUGCAAACAGAAAACCAUUUGAUAAUUACUUUUAUCUUUUAUCAUUAGAGCAAUUGUCUUGAUCAUUACCUCAACAAAUGUAGAAAGUUGUGGUUUCAUUUGAAAUAAGUGAUAAAACUAAUUUAAUUUGGUAGAACAAAAAAAGGAAAUGUUUAUAGUAGUACUUGUAUGAUUUUUAUAGUAUUUGACAGGCACUGAAUAUUAUGCAUUUAAUGAUUUGAGUGCCUUUUAAGAAUCUUACAUAAUUGCUUCAAAUACCGUAAAAUGUUAUUAAGAAAAGAAAACUUGAGUGGCAUAAAUGAAAUUAAAUGGAGAUCAUUUGAAAGAGAGGUAACUUGGUUCAUCAUAUUAUUGUAAAAAGAGUUAUCAUUGACAACAUGAACUUGACAAUAUCCUGUGUUGAGGUUUAAUGGUAGGUUUAUGUGAACAUUCAUGACCAAAAUAUCUGCAUAAAUUGAAACAUUACUAUAUUUUGUACUAGUUUGACUUCUAAAUUUAAGUCUGUAAAUCUGUAUAUAUGUACAAAGUGUGUAUAUAAAUGUAUUUAUAUUUAUUAGCGAUUUAACUUAUUUAUGUAAAUAAGGAAUUACGCCAAUAAAUAACAUUGAUUGAUUUACAAAAAGAAAAAGACCUAUCUCAAAUUUUGUUUG